CACCGGGUACCCGCCGAAGAAAGCAACAGUAAAUCGAAACCUGGCCGAGAACAAGGCCGUGGACACCGGUAUUUGUCGCAAUUGAUAGAGUGGGACUCGAACAACGCUCAAAGUAUCAGUGCACAAACAAUCGCUUUCAUAAUGUCUGCUCACCAGGUGAGGGACAAGGCGUCGGCCGAUGGGCCGGAUGAGUCGGGCCCGAGCAAGGCCCGGAAGGCAUGCGUCAACUGCAGAAGGCAAAAGAUGAAAUGUAGAAUUGAGAAUGGGGCCACAUGUCGAAGAUGCCUCCGCGCAGGAGUGCCGUGCGUGUUCGUGCCCAGAGCCAAUUCCUCGUCUCAUCGUGAAAGUCUCUCGCUGGCUUCAUUGAUCCAAGCAAAUGAGCAUGUUCCCGCCUUAAACAAGUCUGUCUUUCUUCGGCUGAAGCGACUUGAAGACCACUUGGGUCUACCAGUUCUCACCAACUUGGAAGAACCGGACUCGCCCGCCUCCCCAGAUGUACCAACGUUCGAGCACGAGACACCCGGAGAAACAUCUCUCGGCGCCCUUUGGAGCGCGGUGUCUGUCUUACGAAGGACGUGUUCGCCAAAUGCGAGCUCAAAUAUUUGGGAGAAAUCCUUGAUCAAGAGGCUGUGGUUAUCCUUCCAUGAAACCAUGCCAGGGCUUCACUUUCUCCCAACCAAGCAGACUUUUUCUUCACCGAGGCCACUCAUGCUGGCCUCGAUGCUCUAUUGCUCAAGUAUACGAGGCCUGCCCGAGGUCGCCGUGUUGGCACCAGACUACUUCAGCGUCUUGUGCAGUGCCAUCUCGCAGCUAUGCAUACCACAGAGCGAAGUCGGCCAAGCCCCGGAUGACCCAGCCUCGGCUGAGGAAUGGGCUUUUCAAACGGUUUUGGGAAUUAUACUCGCCGGCCUGCUAAGGGAAGCGGUCGUUAAAGAGACAGGGGUCUGGAUUUCUCUCGCAUAUCGUCUCAUCUUGGAGCAUUGUCCCUCCAACACUGAUGAGCGGUCCCGCGAGUGGCAGCGCCUGUUCUCGGGUCUUCAGAUCGUCGACCUCGAGCAUGCCUCAAUAUACCUUUCCUGCCCUGUCAUACCCAUCGAAGCACCCCUUCCCCGACUCAAGAUCCCAAUACAGGACCAACUUUACCGGCUCUCGAGAAUGAUGCACACAGGCCUGACCCACUUCACAGGCAGAGGUCUGCCAACGAUAUGGUCCUGUUUCGAAAGCGAGCCCAGCGUGUCACAGAUCUCUUCCGUCCAGUUCAGCGGUGUCGACGGCGCAGUCAUCCGCGACUGGGCACGGCAGCUGGAUGACUGGCUUGUCGAGUUCAGCGAUAAGGACUUUGAGUCGGAGCACGAGAAGAAACUCGUGUUCCGGCAGUACAUCCUGCACCGGCUGCUCGUGUUGUCCAUCUACCAUCCUGCCCGCGGCUGCAACCUCUUUUCGAAUACGACACCGAAAGAGCAGCACGAAUUGUUGGUCUCAGCGAGGGCGGCAGUCAAGCUCCAAAUCCUCGAUGCUUCAAUAUGGUCUAACUGGGAUCUCGUCAUGAUCACCUGGGCCGCUCUCAUCGUACUGCAAGGGGUAGAUGGCGGAGUAGGGGAGCCAGACGAUCUUGAGAACGUGGGAGUUCAUCUCCAGAAACUGAAGGAGAUGCACGAGCCGAAGCCCAGCUUGCGAGGUAUUCUGGCUACGCGGCUUGAACAGAAGCUUCAGGGUCUACAUACCCCCGCUUCAGGAGAUGCCGAGGUGUUUGAGCAAGAGAUUCGCAAUAUGGAUAACUCGUGGUACAUCUUCGACCAGUCGAGUCUACAAGCAGGCUAUGAGCUUUGGUCGUAUGAGAAUCAGGGAGGAUAGUCUUCAAAAUCAUCCACUCAUUUAGUCUUCCCAGAGUGGCUCACUUGCGCCCUCGUGAAGUUUGAAUGGAAUUGUUACUUCAUUGACUGAUUAAUUCUGGUAUUAUCUGCACUUUCAACAAUGGGUCUACAAAUGACAAGUACCCAUUCACUC